GAUGGAAUGACCCCUCAAUCUCCUGAUUUGAACCCCAUUGAACAUCUCUGGAGCCAUUUCAAGUGUGAACUGAACAAGUUUGAGACCCCGGGUGGACUUCACGAACUUUUCGAUAACAUCAAAACCAUAUGGGAAGGCCUUAGUGCCGAUGUGUGUAAACCAUUGGUUGGGAGCAUGCCCAGACGCAUGACUGCAGUGAUCAAGGCCAAGGGAGGUCCUACCAAGUAUUAA